GAAAUAGUUCUCCAAAUCAUGCAAAUAUUUGUAGCGAAGCAGCAACAGAAUAAAGAACAAUUAAAAACAAGCCGUCCUAGCUCUAUAAUAGAAGUAGAGCCAGUCUCCCACCUUUCUACUACUAUUGAGGUCAAACCCAUGUUAAAAAUUACUGUUAAUGCAACAGCUCAAAAAAAAAUAGCAAAUGAAAUUAAAUUUGAGGGUACAGAGAAAGAAUUGGCUGAAGAAUUGAAAAAGCAAGAAAAACAAAAAAAAAAUACAGAAAAGAAUGAAUCAUUUGUUGCUUCUGAAUGCUUUAUUCUAUAG